CUCCUUUAUUUUAAGAUGAAAUGGAUUGUUGCUCUGUAAGUAACCCUCCUUCUUUCUCUUCUUUUUGUCUCCACAGUGAUACCUCGUUGGCUGGUGUGACCCCCGCAGGCCCGCCACCUCCCAGGGUGGGCCCAGAUUGGCUGGACCUCCACUGUCGGCUCUUGGGGAGAAAAUGGCUGCCAGCGCCGCCCCCCAGCUGAAGAGCUAAGCUCCACUGUUUCCUCCUCCACCUCCCUAACAUCACUGUUCAUUGCUUUGUUGUGAACUGUGAUUCCCGCCGACCGAUUUGCUUUAGAGUACUAUGGCAAUGCAUGAUAUGAGUCGUGCCAAGGGUUUCCCCUGUAAAGAGUGUGAUAUGGUUUGCCCGAGUACUCCAAGUCUUCUAGAGCAUAUGAAAGCACAUUAUCAGCAAGAAGAGACCGGACGUUUUGAGUGUGAACAGUGUGGCCGAAUUUACAAGCACGCAGCUAGCCUAGCUAAUCAUAAAAAGUCUCACGAAGUAGGUUCAUUCCAGUGUCCUGUUUGUACACGUACCCUACCCAACGCGGUAGCUUUAAAGAACCACCUCCGUAUCCAUACAUUGUCCCCUAGUAGUGCACACACAGAAGAAGAGAGCGAAGAAGUACCCGAAGAAGCCGGCCACGACGAGAGGGACUACGGUCUCGCCCAAGACCUCUCGGACGGGUUUGGCCGCUCCCAUUUGAACAAUAGUGGUAUGGGACAUAGUGUCCUACAAAGCCACGAGACAGACGACCACGGAAAAAAAGGCUCCCCUGAGUCCGACGACGCUUGGGACAGACCAUUCAAGUGUGAUCAGUGUGACCGAACCUACCGGCACCACGGUAGCCUGGUGAACCACAAGAAGUGUCACCAGCAAGGAACUUUUAAGUGCUCUGUGUGUUUUAAACAAUUUAGCAACCUGGCUGCCUUAAACAGCCACGAGAGAACUCACUCGAAGUUCAAGACCCCCGGGGCAUCCAUGGUGAGCAGCAGCAGUAGCAGCAGCAGCCUCCACGACUCGGAGCGCAGCAGUGGCACGCAGUCGUCCCAGAGCGACGACGCGGCCUCUUGCUUCUGCCACCUGUGUCAGAUAGCGCUGCCGAAUAAGACGGACUUCCAGGAGCACAUCCUGCUGCACAACGCGGCCUCACCCUCCCUUGGACUGCCGCGCAGUUUCCCAGGCAUCAUGCCUCACAAUCUGAGUGCGGUGCGAUCCCCAGCGUACACUCCUGCCCUGGGGGACCCUCUGCCCCUGCCACCCCUGCCAAGUGAGAAAAGAGGUCCCUAUGACCCCAUAAUGGGCCCUCCAGUCAACAAUCCCAUUUACACAUGUGCAUACUGUGGCGCGGGGCACCCAGAUCUGGAUACCUUGAAAGUCCACUAUCUGACCCAUGACCCCCACCCUGCCUCCCAUGGCCAGGACAGCUCCAUCCUCAACUCAGACACACUAAGCUCUGGAUCACAGGGCUCUGUGUCUUCUCCCUCUGGUGGCCGCGUGCCUCAGGCCAAUUCUCCAGAUGACGGAGAGCGUCGCUUUAAGUGCGGGGAGUGCGGCAAAAGUUACAGGCAUGCAGGGAGUCUGGUGAACCACAAACGCUGCCAUCAGACUGGCCACUACCAGUGCACCAUCUGUUGUAAGCAGUACCCUCACCUGGCAGCGCUACACAGCCACCUACGAAGCCACAAAGGGCGUCCCUCCAACCAGCCCAUCGGUAACGACAGCAACGACUGGCUAUCACCUGAGCCGCUAACUCUGGACUCCCAACAGAGCUACGUCCAGGAAGGCAGUGGUGCCACCACUCCAAUCUCACUGCCAGGAAAUCUUGGAGAUGCUGCCCACUUUGUACCGGAUGGUGGCCACAGCAGUGGGUUGGACUCUCUUGAGUUCCACGAUCGCUUUGACGGCAGCUCACUUUCUCAGAGCAACUCUGCUCACCGUCAGGCCGACAGACACGUGUGUGCAGACUGCGGUGAGAUGUAUGGAGAUGUUUCUGGCAUCAAGUCUCACAUGUGUCCCCGCCGUGGCCAGCAGCCACAACAGCCGCAGGGCAACAUGUCCAACGGUUUUUUGGGGAACAUGAACUACCACAGCUCCAGUGGGACCUCGCUGCCAGCUGGAAGCUCCAGCAGCCUCAAAGAAGUCAGCAGCCAACGGCAAUACUCCCAGAGCGGAGGCAAGAGAAUGGGCAGCAAUGACAAAGAUGACGAGGACGAUGGAGAAGUGUAUCAGUGCUCGGUGUGCGGCAAUCACUACGCCAGCCUCAGAGCCCUCAGGAGCCACUUGCGUAGCCAUGCCAAUAACCCAACAGGGCCGGGACCUUCCAGUCUGGAGCAGGAGUGGAGGAUGAUCUGCUCCACCUGUGGCCAGAGCUUCUCUAGGAAACAGGACCUCCUGAAUCAUCAGUUAGUCCAUGGCCCCCAAAGGCCAGACGGCCAGCAACAGGGUAUUGGCGCCGCCUCAGCUAAUGGCAAUGACAAGAUGGACGGACGCAACCACAUUUGUGUCGAUUGUGGCAUGUUUUUUGCUGACCGCCACCACCUGAUCACCCACCUGUGCCCCGGUAAGAAUCGGGCCAGCUCACUGAGCAAACAGGGCCUGAAUGGAGCCAAAGGGAUGUCUGGAGGAGAUGGCGUCGGUGGUGGGGUCGCCGGAGGAAGCCGUGAUGUUGGUGGCGAUGGACGUAGACCUAUGGUUGACCAAAGUGACAAGCCCCACAAGUGUGACCAAUGUGGACGAGGAUACAGACACCCCUGCUCACUUCUCAACCACAAGAAGUCCCAUAAGACUGGUGUUUUCCGCUGCUUGGUGUGCCAGAAACGCUACUACAAUCUGCUGGCUCUCAAGAAUCACCAAAGGACCCACUUUGAUCUAAAGAGGCACAAGUGUGAAGAAUGUGGCAAGGCCUUCAAGAUCCAAAAGCAGCUGAUCAACCACCUCCGUCUCCACGAGGAGCACCGGGCAAAAGGUCUUGUUCGGACCGGCCCUAAUGGUUCCCGCUUCCAGCAACCUGGCCCGUCUCAAAUGCAAACUAUGCAGAGAGGAGAGUCAUCAAAGGGCCAGGUAAUGGGCGUGAAGUACAGCCAUCAAGGGUUCAAAAAGCCCUACUCUUCAGCUGGAACGUCCAGGCCCCAGAAGUUUGACCCUGCUGAAACUGGGCGGCGGCCUUUUUCCUGUGAAGAAUGUGGAAAGACAUACCGCCAUGCAGGCAGCCUGGCCAAUCACAAGAACCUUCACAAAAUUGGGGAGUACCACUGCAAUGUUUGCAACUCUACAUACCCCAACAGGCUGGCAAUGAAAAACCACCUACGUCUCCACUUUGCCCAGAAGAAGCACAACUGCCAAGAGUGCGGCAAGGGCUUCCGCACCCAGAGGCAGCUAGCGACCCACACUACAGCUGGCCUGUGCAAAGGCCCACAGGGCCCCGGGGCCCAAAUGGAUUUUGAGUGUGAUGGCUGCUGUGAAGGCUUUGCCACGGCUGAUGAGCUCGCAGCCCACGACUGCCCAGCCCAGCACCUGCCUUCGUCCUCCUCCACCAACAGCUCCACCAACAUCAGCAUGGAGAGAAGCUCUGUGGACCUGGACUCUGACGAGAGACCCUACGCCUGUGACCUCUGCAGCUGCGCCUACAAACAUGCAAGCUCCUUGCUGAACCACAAGCACACUCACAAGACGGGAAACUUCCGGUGCAACUUCUGCGACAAACCCUACACCAACUACAUGGCAUUACGCAACCACAUGCGUAUCCACACGCAGCGGAAGAAGCACAUCUGCCACACGUGUGGGAAAGCCUUCCGGCUGGCCAGGUUCCUCCGCAACCACCAGAAGGUCCAUGAGGAGGGUGCUACCCCCUUCGGCUGCCCCACCUGUGGGAAGAGUUUCCAGGGAAGAUCCGGUCUGGCCAGGCACCGCUGCGGGGACAACCAGGUAGGCAUGGAAGUCAGGAGGAAGGCCACUGCACCCACGGGAGAGGGCGAAGAGUGUCGGUACACAUGUGAUCAGUGCGGCCGCUCCUACCGUCACGCCAGCUCCCUCCUUAACCACAAGAACACCCACACUGUCGGCAUCUACCACUGCGCCGUGUGCCUCAAGACCUACUCCAACCUGCUUGCCCUGAAGAACCAUCGCCGUAUCCACUCCGAGACACGGCGCCACCGUUGCCACGACUGCGGCAAGGCCUUUCGUGUUUCCUCCCAGCUCUACAACCACAGACGCGUCCACCAGAAGCAGCGGGAGCUGACCUGCCGGUCUUGCCAACGAGCCUUUCCUACGCAUGCCAGCUUCAGGCUCCACAUGGAGAUCACCCACGGCCAGGCUCCGCAGCCCCGCCAGCCCAGACCCCAGCAGCCUCGACCGGGGGGCUCCCAGGAGCUGGGCUGGGGGUCAGGCUUGGACCUCACUUUGAUGCAAGAGCAAGGACUCGACCCCGGCAGCAUGACCAAAGCCCGCAGCCGUGGGGGCCACAGUGAGGUCAUAAAGUCCCAUGUCUGCGACCAGUGUGGUCGGUCUUAUCGGCACGCCAGCUCCCUGCUCAACCACAAGAACAGCCACAAGACCGGGACCUACUUCUGCAACUCCUGCCAGAAGGAUUCCUGCCAGAAGGAGUUCCCCAACCUGAUGUCCCUGAAGAACCACCGGCGGAUCCACACCGAGCCCAAACGCUACCGCUGCCCCGACUGCGGCAAGUCCUUCCGGGUGUCCACGGCGCUCAUCUGCCACCGUCGCAUCCACACCAAGGAGAAGCCGUUCUCCUGCCAGCAGUGCGACAAACGUUUCUCGUCGCGGUCCAACCUGAGGCACCACAUGAAGGUGCACUGGAGGGGUGCGCCACUGUCUCGAGGGACGUCAUCCGCCUUCCUCACCGUUCCCUCCAGAUCUUUAAUCUAAGAGUCCAAACUUUUUUCUCAGCCUGAAAUAUUUGAACUUUCAUAUUUCAUAUUUAAAGCUGAAAACUGAAGCUCCUCUUUGUUCUCUGAGUUUAAAGGUAUAAUCUGACAGUUAAAGAACCUCUUUACUGAUACAGGUCAUUUCCUGUUUCCUGUGAACUCUUUUAUAGCUCACAGACCUUCAUAUUCCCAUUGACAGUGAAUGGGUGACUGCUUUUGCCCCGUUGGACUCGUUUGUAUCGGUCUGUAGGUUUGAAGACUUCUGGCUCCUCUGCAGAGGUGCAUUAUGGGUAUUCUUUCCACGACCUCUUCCUCCAGCCUCACGUGAUCAUUGUUUGUACAUUUGAGACUUUUACAUCGAUGACAAGCUGCAGUAUGGACGCAGUACACUGUAGAAACAACAACUCGUAAUUUCAAGGCAACUGUCUUUAUUACAUUUUUAAGUUUUGAAAUAAACUAAUAAUAAUUAAUGCUAAUUUACUUUUCUAAUUUAAAACUUUAAUCUUUAACUUUUUUUAAAAUACAGAUUUCUUUGUUUCUAAAACU